AUGGGAGCCUGUGUUAAUCAAUACUAUAUUUAUCCUACUUACCUUGCUUUGCACCCUAAAUUCAGAGAUUAGAUGCUAACAUUUUAUCGCUUAACUGCUGAAGAAAAUAAGGAAUUUUAAUAGCUGGCUAGGAGAGACUAUGAUGCCUAUAAAAACAAGCAGCCAUUAGCAUAUGAACCUGAAGCAAUACAACCAUCUCAGCUUAUCCCUAUUAUCCCUAAUAGCAUUUUCAGCAAUUAUUCAUUUAAUACUGCGACUUAGAUUACAAUUACACCAGCUUAGCAGUUUUACAAUAACCUAGCAUAUCUAAACCUGUAUGGUUUAAUGAGUUUUAUGAAUAGCUUCAAAAGUAUGAAACUUUUGAAAAUUCUUGUAAAAGAAGGCCUAGAUAUCAAUCAAAAAACUCUUGCAGGGUAAACUUUUUUUAUUGAACUUGUAUCUACCAUUCCAAAUGAUGAUAUAUAAUUUACUGAGUAUUUUGAAUUCCUUGAAUAGCACAACUUAGAUAAGAGUGUUACUGAUCAACAAGGAAAUAAUGCAUUGCUGUUGUCCUUCUAAUAAAAUAAGAUAAAAAUUGCUGAGUAUCUAUUGACAAAGAAUAUGGAUAUUAAUGCCACGAAUAAACAAAUUGAAACCCUAUUAAUAUUGACAGUAAAAAAGAAUGAUUUCGACAUGGCUGAGUACCUUCUUGAUAAAGGAAGUGACCCAAAUAUCUAGGAUAAAAUGGGAAGAACUGCCUUGCAUUACGCAGUCAAUAACUCUAGUUCAACUAUUGAUGCCAACUUUGAUAUGGAGAACUUGCUUAUAUCUAACAAUGCUAAUGUGAAUCUAUAAGAUAGGACUAAAAGAACUCCUUUGCAUUAUGCUUUCGUGAAGAUUGGACAGUAAUCGAAUCAAAAUUAGGCUAUGGAUCCGAUAGAGACAAUAUCUAGUUUAUGCUCAGUAAAAGAUGCUAAUCCAAGUAUUUAGGAUAAGUAUGGAAAGAAUGUCUUGCACUAUGCGGCAUAAAGAGGAGCUACAAUAAGUACACUUUAUCUUGAGAAGAAAGGUGUGGAUUUCCACUAAAAAGAUGCCUACGGUAAUACACCUCUAGCUACUGCAAUGCUUUAUAACUAAGUUUAAUAUGCCAUAAUGCUUAUUAAGCAAGGCAGCAAUGUAAAUGAGUUAGUUUAUCCAGAGAACAGGCAAGCAUACCUUGAAUAUAAAAAGAAAAUAAGAGAAAGUUAAAUGAUUGAUGAAGAUCCUGAUGUUUCAGAACCUGAAGCUCCUGUAUACAAUUAGAAUAGCAUUUUUGGACAACAGUAAUAUAGCUUAUUUGGACAACAGUAAUAUGGCUAUGGAUAGCAAUAAAUAUUCAAUGCGAAAUAACUUAGCUAGCCAGAAAAUAUGUUCAAACUUGCAGUUUAGUAUCAGUAAUUAGGGCUUUCCUAUUUAAUCUUGGACUAUGGUUUUGAUUUGAUUAUGGCAAUGGAAGAUGCUCUAAAGCAGUAAAAAUUCUCAUUGGCAUUAACACUUCUUUAAAAAGUAUCAGAUAACAAGGCCAUUCAAAAGUCUAAUUAAAAAAAUUAGAAUCUGUUUCAUAUUCUAGCAAUAAACGCUAAGAUUCUGAAUGGCAUGUAAAACUCUAAGCAAUUGAAUAGAAUAUACAAGCAAUUCAAAAGAAGGGAGAUCGAUAUAGCUUAAAAAGAUAUUCUUGGAAGACUGCCUAUUCACUAUGCUGCUAUUAAUGGUGCAUAUUCUUUGCUUGAAAUAAUGCUUGCAGAUGCAUGUGUCUAAGUUGAUGAGGUUGAUAGCCUCGGCUAAACACCACUAGUUUUGGCUAUCAAAGGAAAAAAUCUAAGGGUCAAUGAUAAUUAUCAUUGCUUUAAAAUACUCAUGAACAGUUAAAAGGUGAGAUAGAAUAUAAUUUACGAGGAAAAAUACUAUGAUGAAUCAAAUUUUUAAAUAUAUGUACCUGAGACUUUGAAAGUUACUCCCUUUAAUCACUUAACUAGAUCAAUCAAAUUUUUGGAGUAAAAUUUAGCAGUAUCUUAUUUAGAGCUUUUUUUUGCAAGUUCAAGUAAUCUUUUUGAUGUCUUUGAUUAAAGAGAUGAGCAGAACAGAGAUCCAAUAAUGGUCUUAGCAUAAUAGAAUGACUAUAAUUGUUUUAAGUUAAUCUUCAAAUAAAUUAAAGUAAAUAUGUCUAAGAUACUUCCAAGAUAUUAAGGGACGAUUGAACCUCUUCCCAAUAAAAAGGAAUAAACUAAAAAUGACUUAAAAAAGAUUUUAGAAAAUAAGGAUAAUCAAGGCAAAACAUCACUUUAGAUAUUAAUUACGAAUUGUGAUUCUGGCACAUACGAUAAUUAUAGAUUCUUUUUAAAACUUGUAUCUUUAGGGGCAGAGAUCACAUCCUAAAACUCAGAUAUCAAAUAGAUAUUCGACUAUUAGAGCAAAUAUCCUAAGUCUUAUAUCUACAGACUCAUUUAAAAGGAGCUUAAACUUAAUAAUCUAAAUAAGUUACCUAUGCUAAAUAUCAAUACGUAAACUAAUAAGAAAUCAGAGGAGAAAAUGAUCCAAUUGGAAGAUAUGAUGAUGAUUGAUACUACCUAAGUAGAUUAUUUGAGAGACUCUGAGAGGUAUCUCAGUGAGUUAGCUUAGUCCUAAUAGAUUGUGAUAUAAAAAAUUUUGCCAAAACCAGAUAAAAUUCUAGGCGUAGAUGAUAAGGCUCUAACCGUGGAGUUUGAAAAUGAAGAUGAUAUAGACUCAGCUUAUGAAGCUAAUCUUAUAAAGAUUGAUCUGAAGAAGUAUGGCCACUCUUCAAGAGUUUACUAUAAAAUCUAACUGCUUCAUGACAAAGUGAAGAACAUUUAUGUGGUUCUGACUAAAUGGGGCAUGAUUAAUGCUCAUGAUCAAGGCAUGUGCCAGAAGACUCCUUUCUAGACCAAAGAAAAAGCAGUGGAAGAGUUUCUUAAGAUAUUCAAGCUGAAAACUAGCAACAAUUGGGCAGAUAGAGAAAACUUCUAGCUCCCCAGAGCAAAAGGAAAAUAUGUUUAUCAUAAGGUCAGCAGACAAAUCUUUAACUACACUGACAGUCUCGUACCAUUUAUUUACAAGGAAUGUGCUGAGUCUCAAUUAGAAAAAGAUCAGCAAAGAUUUAUUAAGUUAAUCGCUAACAUAGGAAUGUACAGCGAAGUUCUUAAAUAAAAGAUGAUAAACAAUAAUUAACUAAACUUGUCAAACAUUAAGAAAGAAGAUAUUCUUAAGGGCAAAGAUAUUUUAGAAAAAAUUUAAGAACUCUUUAAAAAAGCUUAAGUUUAGUAUGACGAGGAGUCAACCUCUGAAAAUAAAUAUAAGGAGAUUGUCUAGCUUUCAAGUGAAUUGUAUAGGACUAUUCCGUUUUGCUAUUCCACUGAGUUGCCUGAACCAAUCUGUGAUUAGCAGUAGAUUGACAAAUUCAGAAAUACCUUAUAUGACUUGCUAACCCUUGAAAAUUCAACUAAGAUACUAAUGGGGGCAAAGUAUAUGAGCAAGUAAAUGAGUCCCCUAGACUAUAUUUACAGAAGCCUUGGUAUUGAUAUAUCGUAUGCCGAAUAGGAUUCUCUAGAUUAUGAGAUAGUGAAAAACUAUGUGGUGAAUACAGGUUAGUCAUAUGUCAAUACCUAUACAAUUAACAAUAUCUAUAAGAUCAGUAGACAUCAAGAUGAACAAAACUUUUAAAACAAUGGAUUUUGUAAUGAUCCUCACAGACUACUUUUAUUCCACGGUACUGGCUAGUAAAAUCUUUUGAGCAUUCUUAGCACCGGCUUGAAAUCAUCUCCACUUGGAGUGAAUCAACAUGGUUAAGCGUUCGGACCCGGUGUAUACUUCUCUAAUAUGCUUGAUAAGAGUGCCUCUUAUGCAGUAGGCACCAGAUACAUGGAACUUGAGGAUUAGGAAGCAUACUUAGCAGAUAUAGAUAAGGACUAGCCUCAAUAUAUGGAAAGAAAGUAUAUUUUAAUCUGUGAAGUUGCUUUGGGUUACAUUCUUAAGCAAGAGCAGGCUCAGAAAACUAUUAUUCAUAGUUAAUACAACUAUAAUUACCUUUAAAACUAUGUAGCAAAUAUGGCUAUUGGCUCCUAAUAAUAGCUCAGAGAGAUCAAUUAAUAAGUCAGCAAACUGAAAAUAGUAAAAGUAGAAAACAAUAAUUAGAAGAAAGUUGAUUCGGAUGAAGAUAAUGAAGAGGUUUAGGAUGAAGAUGCUAAAAUAGAAGAUGAAGAAGUGAAAGCCCAGAAGUUUGAUGUUAAUGAACUAAGCGAUGAAGAAUAGGAAGGUGAAAAUGAAAUCAGUAAGAAGAGAAAACUAUUAGGUGAGAAAGUGAAUGAUACCAGAACAAUUAGAAGCAGAAGAAUGCUGGAGAUAACAAAUGAAAAGGCGCUACCAAUGUUUGACACAUUAUGGAUUGGUGCAAAUCAGAUUCCUGACCCUUAAUUUAAUUUGCUGUUAGAGGAUGGAUCUAUCAUUCCCCAGGGACGUUAUGUCAAAGUUGAGCAAACCGUUAAGAAAUUAGAAGGUCAAUAAUAUGUCAAGAGAAUUCAUUAGUAUACUAAUGCACCUGCAUAGAGUGAAUUUAUAGUUAAAAACCCUGAAAGAAUUAAGAUUAGAUAUAUAGUAGAGUUGAGAUCUAAAACUCAGGCUGAAAAAGCUAAAGAAGUAGUUCAGAGGACUAAGAUUAAUACCGAUAUAAUCGUAGAAUGA